AUGGCGGAGCGGCGGAUGGGGAUCCUCCAAGGCCCCGCUGCAGUACCGAGCAUCCUCUUCUCGGCCGCCGUGAUCCUCCUGGCGGCGAUGGCGGCGGCGGCAGGUUGCACCGCCGCGGCGGCGCCGGCGACGAUCCACGAGCUUCUCCGGGAGCACGGGCUGCCGGCGGGGCUGCUGCCGAAGAUGGUGCGCUCCUUCUCGCUGAACCGGCGGACGGGGCUGCUGGUGGCGCGGCUGGACAGGCCCUGCUACGCGCGGUGGCGCGACAACCCCGUCUUCUUCGACCGCCUGGUGGCGGGGAACCUGAGCUACGGCGAGCUGAAGGGCGUGGUGGGCCUCUCGCAGGAGGAGCUCUUCCUCUGGCUCCCCGUCAGAGGUGUCGUCGUCUCCGAUCCCUCCUCCGGCGUGCUCCUCCUUGACAUCGGCGUCGCCCACAAGCAGCUCUCUCUCUCUCUCUUCGAGGACCCGCCGGAUUGCCACCCCGCCGGAGAAGCGGAAUGGCCGCCGUCAGGUCAGGAAACGCAAAGACUCUCUCUCUCUCUCUCUCUCUCUCUAACACGCACACACAGCCGCCAGUGAGAACUCAUGGGUCGCCAUAAUUUCCGCCAUUUUUGGGUUUUGGGUUGGAUGAUCAGAUCAAAGAUCACAUUGGAUCAUAAAACAUAAAAACCAUAUGCAUGCGAAGUGCAGGCGAAUUCCGGCGAAUUUUCUCUCUCCGGAUGAAUCUCUCGGGCAAUUCAGUUCUCAGAAAUAUAGUUAACGAGGCUAAGUAUAUGAAUUGAAUAGGUCCUAAGAGGAAUGGCGCAAGGAUUUCAUCAGGCUGCUCGUCUCCUUCUUGCAGGGAUUCAACGGAAGAGGGGACGGAAGGAGGGGAAGGGCUGGGACGUCCAGAGGUAGAAGACGAUGGGUUCGGAGAAGCAGCACUGAAUAAACGUAGUAGUUCCAGUGGCGCCGCGGCAGACCCCUCAGUGAAGCCCUAACGUAGAUAGUAACCCCUCCCCCCCUCUCUUGUUCCCAGUGUUUAGAGCCAGUUAACUGUUUUCCUCUCUCUCUCUCUCUCUCUGUCUCUCUCUAAGGUGUGUACCAAUGGUAACGCCUCUGAUGAGCGAUGAGCACCGCCCAACUCCUUUUAGCCUGUUGCGGAGGAAAACGCCAAGUGAAAGGUAGGAGUAGCCUUGAAAACAGGGGAAAGGGAGGGAAACUUUUCAACGUGUAUGGGACUGGGCCCGGAUGUAGCCACGCGGCAGGUGAACGGGCUCCCACGUGACCAGAAAAGGGUGGCGGGCCCGGCCCAAAAAAAAAUAUAUUUUUCAAUAUUUCCGUUGACUCAAUAUACACCACAAGAUUAGGAGGAAUAAAAGCAACAAAACCACAGACCCAGAAGAAAUCGCGCGCAAAACUAUCAAUCUAUGACACUUAAUCAUGGUGGGCGUCAUUCAUUUCACUAAUUCAGAUCGAGAUCUAUCAGAAAGUUGUCUCCUUUCACAGGAAUUGGAGCAAAAAAAGCUUCAAGACGUUGACGACAUACAGAACAGCAAUCGAUAG